UCAGGGGCUGGAGGCUCUCCUUCGGGGCCAGCCCGGGAGGCUCCGCAGGGUGGGGGUGGGGUAGAUCUGCAGGUCUCCGGUCGGAGCUGUCUCGGUUUACCGCGUCCUGACUGCUCCAGGCUCCCCCUCCCCUCCGCUUCCAACCCACAGCCCUUCUUUCUCUAGCUCCUUUCCUUCCUAGGGAGGGGGGCCGGCGUUAGAGGGCCGGGUCUGCACCGGGGGCGGAGCUGCCCCCUGGCCUGGAGGUAGGAAGGCGGAGACCCGCGGGUCCCGGGCGCAGACCUCCCGUCGAGGCUCCUCCCGGCCGCGGGCGCUGCAGCCGCGGCAGCUCCCAGCAAAAAGUGGAUCUUUUGGCUCAGCUUGCAAGACCUGCAAACUCUUACUGCACAGCGCCCCGCCCCCCGGGGGACUUUUCUCUUUGGUUUUCCUUCCUUGCUCGGCCUCCACGCGCCCUCCUCCUCCCUGCGGGGACUUUCAUGCUUCUUUUAGCACCUUUCUGUAGCCAGGGGACGUGCCACCCCGGAGCACCAACGACCUCCGUUGAGUUCUACUGUUGUUUUCAUUUCUCCCUCGCUUCCUCUCAUCGGGUUCAUCUGCGGAGUCUGAAGUUUUGCCAGAGGGGACGGGAAAUAAAUAGGUGCUGCUGCCCCGCGAGGCUUAGGCGACGGGAAGGGCAGCCAGAGCGGCGGGAGCGGCCGGGGCGGCGGCGGCGGGAGCUCGGUGGAGCUCGUGGGACCCCAUUGGGGGAAUUUGAUCCUCGGAAGCCGGGAGAUUGCCGGGGGAGGCGAGGCUCCCAGAUCGUCGUGUCCAGUUCCAGGGGGGAGGAGGAGACGCCGGAGCCGGCCUCUCGGCGUGCUCGGCGCAGCUGCUCCCUGCCCCGUCCCGCCGGGAUCAUGGGCUGCGGCCGCCCGGGAGGGAGGCUGCUGCUGCGGGCCGGGCUGCUCGCCCUGGCUGCGCUCUGCCUGCUCCGCGUGCCCGGAGCCCGGGCUGCAGCCUGCGAGCCUGUCCGCAUCCCCCUGUGCAAGUCCCUGCCCUGGAACAUGACGAAGAUGCCCAACCACCUGCACCACAGCACCCAGGCCAACGCCAUCCUGGCCAUCGAGCAGUUCGAAGGUCUGCUGGGCACCCACUGCAGCCCCGACCUGCUCUUCUUCCUCUGCGCGAUGUACGCGCCCAUCUGCACCAUUGACUUCCAGCACGAGCCCAUCAAGCCCUGCAAGUCGGUGUGCGAGCGGGCCCGGCAGGGCUGUGAGCCCAUCCUCAUCAAGUACCGCCACUCGUGGCCCGAGAGCCUGGCCUGCGAGGAGCUGCCGGUGUAUGACCGCGGCGUGUGCAUCUCUCCCGAGGCGAUCGUCACUGCCGACGGCUCCGAUUUUCCUAUGGAUUCUAGUAAUGGAAACUGUAGAGGGGCGAGCAGUGAACGCUGCAAAUGUAAGCCUAUUAGAGCUACACAGAAGACCUAUUUCCGAAACAAUUACAACUAUGUCAUUCGGGCUAAAGUUAAAGAGGUCAAGACCAAGUGCCAUGACGUGACUGCGGUGGUCGAGGUGAAGGAGAUCCUGAAGUCUUCUCUGGUGAACAUUCCAAGGGACACGGUUAACCUGUACACCAGCUCUGGCUGCCUGUGUCCUCCACUGCAUGUUAAUGAGGAGUAUAUCAUCAUGGGCUAUGAAGAUGAGGAGCGCUCCAGAUUACUGUUGGUGGAGGGUUCUAUUGCUGAAAAAUGGAAGGAUCGACUGGGUAAAAAAGUUAAGAUCACAUGGAUUUUAAAAGGGCUAUCCGUCCUUUUAUGUUAGAAGAGAGGAAGAUGAAAAAUAGCUCUUCCUUCAAAUUGUCUAUGUAAAGCUUCCAUUUGCUGACCACCUGGAAAGGGCCAGACUUGUAUUUUUUUAUUUCAGGAAAUUUCACAGGUAGCAACAGAUUUGUGUCACCAUUUACUGACGUGGAAGUUUUAAGCUUAAGGUUUGAUAUGAAAGCAUUAUUGGUCUAGGUAGCCAAGUUUGUGCUUUUUAAAAUCUGAGAAUUAUGUUCAUACAGCAUCAAUUUCAUUGUUAUCCUGGGACAUAGAGCUUAUACUUUUGGAAAGUAGUAAAAUGCUUUUGAGACCUGACUUUGCAGUCUUACUCAGUUGUGAGAAUCAGAAGUGACAACCCUGGUAACAUGCGCACGCGACCACUUUCUGUU